AUGCGAAGCGACACGGCGAACCAGACGAGACCGUUUGUCCUCUACAACACUCUUGGAGUAGCUCAACUCAACGCGUUUCUACCCACUAAUCCUACAGUACGCUUUCAGGAAUUCCUCCGCAAAACCUCCAUCAUCUUCCUCUGCAUCACGCUGGUUUUGGCGAUCAAUGGCGCUGGCGACAAGACGACGACAAAUCACACGUUUGUCAUUUACAUGGUAAGAGAAUUGAGGUGGUUUUGUUUGCACGCGUUCUUUUUCAGCUCGCCAACGUGUUCGUCAUCGCCACAACGCUCGAGAUCAACUCGAAACGGCUGUUCUUGGUGUGCGGCUGUCUCGCUUUCGUUUCGGUGCUCGCACAGAUCGUCGUCGUCCUCGUCACUCUGUUCCGAGCGCCGGGGAUGUCGAGCAAUACGAACAUCUCGAAAAGUACAAUAUCCGUUCUACUGACCAACCUCCAAAACCCAAUUUCCAGUCGUUCUCAGCAUCGUCAUCGCUAUUGUCAUUCUCGCAAUUGUGAUCUCCGUCGUCCUUCAGCUCUUCUGCUCGGCGGCCAUGAUCAAGCUCAGCGAGUAAGAUUCGUUUAGAGAAUAUGCUCAUGGAUUGUCAAUUUCAGAGUGAUGGAUCAUCCGAAGCAUGUGGAGAAGGAGAAGGAGUCGACAAGAAGAGAAAGAAGAAGAAGAAGCGAUUCCGACUCCUUUUCCUCGUCCCCCUCCUUUUCCGAUUCGAUCAAAUCGAUCGAGACGCAUACUUGUUCGAGCGAAUGCCAAAAGUAG